AGCGUCACAUUACGUCACCAUGGUGGAGGACAAGCGGACGACGGGAGUCCAGUAAAAAAAGAAAAAAAAAAAACGUUCCUGCGUCGCCUCGCUUGUCCCCACAACCAUUACUCGGACUUAAAAACAGGUCGUCUCCAAGCCCAACGUCCUUCUAAAAAAAGAAGAAGACCGAAGCAAGCACCAUGAAGCACUUCUUAAGGGUUUUGACCCAGUUCUUCGUGUUCCUUUAUUGCAAAUGUCUGUGGCGAGGACUCAAGUUCGUGGCCCGGAAGUUCAGCGGAAGGUGCGAGCUGCAGCGGAUCUGCUACAACAACAAACACGGCGCCCGCAGGACGCUCAAGAUCGAGUCAUCCCUGAGGUACUCCAAAAAUGAGUUGCUGCAGUCGGCCCUGAGCACCCAUCCGGACAAAGUGGAGAAAACCGUUGAUGACAUCAUGGCUCUGAAGAAGAUCAACCCCGACACCAACCCUCAGUUGGGCAUCUCCCUGCAGGCCAGCCUGCUGCAGAUUGUGGGCUACAGGACUCUGGUGGCCCGGGUGGAGAAGCUGCGCCGGGAACCGUACGACUGCGAGAACGCAGAACACGAGGAAAUGCUGAUGAAGCUGUGGAAGGAGCUGCGCCCCGACACGCCUCUGACCAGCCGCAUCUCCAAACAGUGGUGCGAGAUCGGUUUCCAAGGCAGCGACCCCAAGACCGACUUCCGGGGCAUGGGCCUGCUGGGGCUCCACAACCUGCUGUACUUCGCCGAGCACGACAAGACCACGGCUCUGCAGAUGCUGCACGACUCGCUGCAACCAAAGCACAAGAGCGCACACGGGAGGCAAAGUGAGGCAAACAAGGCUGAAUGGGUACAGCGGAACCUUGAGAAAGCCAUUGGCUAUUCUUUCGCCAUUGUGGGCAUCAACAUCACCGACCUGGCCUACUCGCUCCUGGUGAGCGGCGCCCUGAAGACCCACUUGUACAACGUGGCCCCCGAAUUACCCGCCUUGCAGCACUUCCAGCAGACCUUCUGUUACUUGAUGCAGGAGUUCCAGCGCUUCUGGAUCGAGGAGGACCCCAGUGACAUCAUGGAGUUCAACCGGGUGCGCUCCAAGUUCCACCGGAAGAUCCUGCGGCAGCUGAAGAACCCGGACGCCGCUCUGUGUCCCCACUUCUCCGCUUCGGACCUCCACCUGGUCAAUCUGUAAACACUCACCGGAGACCCCAGCCCCUGCACCCCCACACCCAGCCCGAAUGUCCGGUAGGCCCGUUGUUAAUAGAAACAUGAGCUAACGUCAUCACCGUGUCACUGCCAGCAGCUAAACACACACACACACACACACACACACGAUUGUCACACCAUCACACGUUUAUCUUGAUUGUAUCACACACGCUUUUACACUCCUUUUGCUUUAUCACACGCCAAAAAUCAUGCUCUCGGCCAAAAAAAAAAAAAAAAAAAAAAAAGUUUUGACGUGCUGUCAAAUAUCGUAUUUGAAUGUGGAGAAUAGAUGUACUUACAGUCCUGUGAACGAUACUGUAGAAGUGUGUACACUUUAGAGUAGUCAGUGUG